AUGGCGACUUCAUCGCCCCACGCGCAUGUAGCGAUGAUGAAAGAUUUGCGAACCUCGGGCAAAUACUCCGACUUCACUAUCACAUGCGGCGGCGACACGCACCACGUCCACAAGAACAUUGUCUGCUGCCGCUCUGGCUUCUUCGAGCGCGCGGAAAGGUUCCCUGCAGGUAGGGAAGCAGCUGAGAGCAAAGUUGAUCUCCCCGAGGACGACCCAGCUAUCGUGAAGCUACUCAUCCAAUUCCUCUACGAGAACGACUACGAAACCAAGGACUUGACAAUCAAAUCGGACACACGGGCCGCCAAAGCCCUACACAAGUACGACGUCAACGGCCUCAAAGAUCUGGCGCGCACCAAUUUCUCUGCACUCUGUGCGAUAUUUUGGGACAAGGAUGUUUUUGCGCAAGCCGCGGAACAUGCCCUCAGCAGCACUCCAGAUAGCGACGAUGGUCUACGCGAAGUAAUCCGUCAGAUUAUCAUUUCACAUAUCGAACUGCUCAACAAGUCAGACAUUGCGGAAUUGCUGAGCAAACACACCGACUUCGUGUUUAGCGUUCUCAGACGCGUGGCCGAAGAGAAAGCAGGCUUAAAGCCGAAGGCCAAGACGACCUCCUGA